UAAAAGCGAAUGUUCUCGUCCCAGUCACUCACAUUCAACCCGCUGCACACCAAAUUUUAAGUCACCAUGGCCCGCGUGUGCUUCCUGCUGUGCGUACUGCUGGCCGCCGCCGCUGUGGCCGACGAGCCCAAGGAGGCCAACAACGUCGAGGGCAUGGACCAGAGGCACUUCCCCGUCGUGCACCUGCCCGUCGGAACUCUGCACGUACCUGCAAAUGGCAACGGACCCGUCGUCAACGUCCCACAAACCAACCCUGCAUCCGCCAUCGCCAGCACCGGAGCCAACUUUGUCAACAACAUCGCCAACACCCUGCAAAACCUGAGACCAACCCUGCCUCCUAACACCCAAAGCGUUUUCCGCCCCUGGAGCUUGUGGGGAUGGUUCAAGAGACCCUCACCCGCUGUCGCUGCCCAGCAGGCCGCCUACCAGGAGCUCCACACCCCUGGCAAGCCCGGAGUGUGCCCGUAUGUGCGUCGUCUCGCCCCGGCUGGUCCCUCCGGAGCCUCCCUGUGCGGCAACCUGUGCUUCAAUGACUGGAACUGCCCUGCCAAGACCAAGUGCUGCGCCACCGAGUGCGGCUACGCCUGCCUGGACGCCGUGUUCAACGCUCAGCACAAUUUGCACACCUUCGACAAGUACCACUACUAA